AAAAGGCGAACAGGUUGUGUUUGGUUGUCAUUGUUCUUUAUCGUUGAUUUCAAUCUAUCUGAGCUUCGAACCUUAGACAUGAACAGGUUUCUCAUCCUCGCUGCUCUAGUGGCCUACGCUUACUGCUGUCCUCAGUCCAGCAUUGACAUGGCCUGCGCUCUCAUGCAGAAAGCGCACGCCGGUACACUGCAACUGGCCACUAGACACCCCUCAGGAGUGAACGACCUCGCAUUCGCUAUGAAUAAUAUGCAAGACAUGUGUAAUGGCCAUGAGGCUCAUAGAUCUCAUUACACUUGCUCUGAGUGUCCAUCCCCUGGCGCCCCAGGGGGCACCGUGUGCCUCAGUCACAACCUCCUUGCCUACCUCACCGCCCUUGUUGCCAAGGGACCAGUCAUUGUCAAUGAACUGGCCGGUGCCUGCCACACCUGCGGCUCCCGACAUUACCGCGGUGAGGCCGUUGACCUUCACAAUGAUGCCAGAAGUGCUGAAUACCUCCACACUUGCACAGCCAUGGGUGGAUGGGGCCAGAACGAAGGCAACCAUAUCCAUUGCCAGUUUACAGACUAAAUAUAUCCAGUGCAAGUAGUAGCUACAUGCUGACUUAUCCAUGGAUAUUGGUGUCGAUACAAAGUAAAAUUGUAAAUAUAUUUUGAUGAGUUGUUUGUGCUUGACUUUGGUUGAAUACUAAACAUUUUUUUAAAAUAAAAUUUAAGACAUU